AUGAAAGCGGUAGUGUUCAAAGGCCCUGGAAAGGUCGUCAUUGAGGACCGGCCUAUUCCCAAAAUAAGAGACCCAGGAGAUAUCAUAGUCAAGGUGGAAAAGACAGCACUAUGUGGCAGUGAACUUCAUGUCUAUCGGGGCCAUCAGCCCAGCCCUACCGAUUUCAUAAUGGGCCAUGAGUUCACCGGAAACGUAGAACAAGUUGGAAGCGAUGUCAAGACCAUCAAGAAAGGCGAUCGCAUUGUCUCACCCUUUACCGUUUCCUGUGGAGAAUGCUUUUACUGUAAACAUGGGUUCUCCUCGCGCUGUGCAAAAGGCCAGCUCUUUGGAACCACGAUUCUAGAUGGUGGACAAGCUGAGUACGUUCGAGUGCCCUUGGCCGACUCCACUGUUAUGAAAGCACCAGAAGGCAUAAAAGACGAAGCACUCGUCCUCAUGGCCGACAUUUUCCCCACCGGAUACUUUGCCGCACAUAACGCCUUCAAAGAGAUGUCUCCCGAAGAAGUCAAGGAGAGCACAGUCGUCCUGAUAGGCUGCGGACCGGUUGCCCUCUGCGCGCUUGUUAACCUCGUGGACUUCAAGCCCAAGCAUCUGCUCGCCGUAGACUCCAUCCCAUCGCGCCUCGACCUCGCAAAAUCCCUCGGGGCAGAGCCGUGGAAUUUCCAAAACGACCGCGAAGGCCUCGAGAAGCGCGUCAAGGAGCUUACCAACGGCCGCGGGGCAGACGCGGUUGUGGAGGUCGUCGGUCUGAGCCCGGCACUCAAAAUAGGAUUUGACUUGUUAAGGCCGUGGGGUGUGAUUUCUAGCGUCGGCGUGCACAAUGGGGAAAUCCCGUGGACCGGUAAUGAGGCUUAUGGAAAGAAUUUGAGGAUCCAAAUGGGCAGGUGUCCGGUUCGAAGCAUCUUUCCACAGGCACUGGAGAAGCUAAGGGAGAAGCAGGAUCUACUCGGGUUCAUGCAUGAUAAGAUCAUGCCACUUACGGAUGCCGUUGAGGGAUAUGAUCUGUUUGAUAAGAUGAAGGCACAGAAAGUGGUCUUUGAGGCUCAGAAGUGA